AUGUUCCCCCCUUUGCUUUCCACCGUCAACAUCGAACUGCACGAAAAGGAGCGGAACGAUGGGCUUCAAAAUCACGCGCUCACAGCGUUUGUCCGCCGUGAUUGGGAUUUCCACGUCGGAUUUUAUACGCAUUCUUUGGCUUUGGUCGCUGAUGCCUUCCACUAUCUAAACGACCUGAUCGGUUUCAUCGUAGCAUUGGUGGCUCUCCGGGUGUCCGAGACAAACGAUGCACCCAAAUCCUUAUCCUUCGGAUGGCAGCGAGCCCAGCUACUCGGCGCGUUCUUCAACGGUGCGCUUCUUUUCGCCCUGGGGAUCAGCGUAUUCCUACAGUCGAUAGAGCGAUUCAUUUCGUUGCAGUACGUGGAGAAUCCGAAGCUGAUGUUCAUCAUGGGCGCGGUGGGUUUGGGUCUGAAUCUGAUCAGCGCAAUUUUCCUGCAUGAACAUGACCACGGUCACGGCCAUCAUGGACAUUCGGCAGCACCGUUGUCCCCUAUUCCACCUACCAGCCAUGAGUCAGAUAUCUCUGAGCAUCGUAAUCACAAACACCACUUGCACGGCACACAACCGACCUCCCUGGGACACGACUUGGGAAUGCUAGGUGUUUUGCUCCACGUGGUCAGCGAUGCGGCCAAUAACCUGGGAGUCAUGACUGCAGCCCUGGUGAUCUGGCUGGCACACUAUGAGGGCAGAUACUAUGCAGACCCAGGUACGAGUAUGGGGAUCGCCAUGAUGAUUAUGCUGUCUUCACUUCCUCUCGUGCGACGAUCUGGCCUUAUUCUGUUGGAGAGCGCUCCGAACGGGUUGGAUCCGGCGGACGUGAAACACGAUCUAGAAAAGGCACGUAGUCUUCCUUCAGGAUCAGUACCUGGUGUCUUAGCCAUCCACGAGCUUCACAUCUGGCGUCUGAAUCAGAACAAGACUCUGGCAUCGGUCCACGUCGUGGUCUCCGAUCCGUCCGUGGAGAACUUUGCGAAAACGACCAAGACCAUGAAUGAAUGCUUUCAUGCGUACGGUAUCCAUUCAGCAACACUCCAGCCGGAAACAUGUCCCCUGGCGGAGGCCAUCUCUACGGAGCAUGAAUCGGCGGAGACCAUGCAGGAGCUACGCAAGAGAUCGCUGGAGAAAUGCCAAGUGCUAUGCGGAACGUUGUGCGAGGAGUUGACAUGCUGUGGCACACCAGCUGUUCAUCCACGACAAGCCCCAGCCCCAGCAGUAUGGGGUCAUCAACACCACUACCGUCACCCGUGGUGGACUACAAGGUGGGACGAGACGAGGUCCAAACCCAGCACCCCGGGAUCCGCACAGAAUGCAGCACGCCCUCAGAUGAGCUUCUGGGAAGCGGAAAGUGCCCGUAUGCAGCAGAGGAUGGAGCAGAUUCGGAAGGAAAUCGCCACCGAUCCAUACACAGCUCUUUUCGGGAGAAGGCUUCAGCCGUUGAGCUUCCCCAGUAACAUGGAGAAUAGGAUUAUGUCAGUGUGUCGUUCGGUUUUCGGCAUGGGCAAACCAGACGAGAUUGAUAGAACCAGUCACGUUGCUCAGGACAGGGAUGUGCAGGACGUUGAAUAUGAUCCCAUUCGUGGUCGUAUGGUUCCUAAGAAAUCAUCCAAGCACACCGCUGAGACACGUGGCGGAGGAUCUUCGGACACCCUUGUCGGGAAACGCACGCAGCAUGAGAACCGGACCGGCUACCUCUCUGUUGUCGAUCGGGCGAACGAGCAUCCAAACGAUGGUGCGAGUACACUCCAGGGUUUCGAGUCGGUGAAGGAAAAUCAGGCAGAUCCAUCAUAUAUUCUGGGACAAGCGGGCACGAACACAGACGGGGCUACGCUCGGUGAACCUCGUCCACAUCAGGACUCCCUCGAACGGCCGACAUCAGAAGUGGAACGUCAUAGAAGCGCCAUGAAAGAACAACUCGAUUCGGACCACGAAACACAAGCGAAUGGACUUGAAGAUCAAACCUCUUCCAGAUUUCCGGCAUUCAACCCAGGCCACUAUCAAUCCGCAAGCUCCGCAGUUGUAGGUCCAGCCCAGCAACAGGAACCACGGCUAAGGGAAGAAAUGGCAGAGGAUCUGGACCUCCUGCGUGCUAGCGACAUCCGUUCGUUGUAUAACGCAAAGAGCUUGAAGGGAGAUCCCGAGGCGCGGCACAAGACGCGCAAAGACUUGGAUACUGCAUUUGACUCUUAUGUAGACCCUGUCAGCGAUGUCAGGGCUGAAGAUGUGAGAGCAAGGUUUCAAGAACCUGUGCCUGCAUCGUCAGUGAACGGAACAACAAGAAGCGGGCCCGCCAUGCUGGAAAGUACGGCUCAACUUCAGUCAGAGGAAGAUAGUUCCAAUAACUCUGGAUUACCUGUGCAAGAAGAUCACACAGACGCAUCAUGUCCUGGCAAGCAAGCUCGCAAAAACACCCCGGCCCCCGCAGGCAGCUCUCUAAUCGGCGACACUUACCGCGUUUUAGCAUAUGAUCCUUCGACCCUGCAGAUCACACGAGCGGAAUCGAACUCAUCCUUUCAUACAACGCACGAGUUUCUUCACCCAUCUGAAAUUCUUCCCCGCUUGAAUAACCCAUCCAAGUUCUUGCCAUACUUUGAAGAGAUGCAAGUCGAUGGCUAUGAGAUCGUCUCGGGUGGCGGAGAUAUACUUGUGUUCAAAAAGGCUCUCGCGGAGAACGCAAAGAGCGAGCUUGGUGCCUAUGUGAGAGACGAACCCUUGCUCAGCGAUGAGGUUUCAUGUCGAUCAAAUACCGCCAAUACCGCGAGCCCUGUAUCUGGCUCCGGUUGCUCUGAGACCAAUGUACCUCCUCGAAAGAGCAGAAGUAGAAUCGGCACAAUCCUACGCCGGAUGCUCAUCGGUGGGUUUGCCACGGCAGCAACGUGCUAUGCCCUGGGUGUUGUCAGCGAGUAUUUCCGAACCGGUGGACAGGAUGGACGAGGUAUUGAUGGGUUCACCGAAUUUGAAUCCGAAAGGCGGCAUAGGGAUCGCGAGUAG